AUGGACAUCAUGGAACAUUAUACAAAACGUAACGGCAAAUAUUACUGCAAGCUAUGCAACAACAACCAAAAACCUAUAGCAGCUAAUAAGCUUCAUGAUCAUAUUACAAAACUGCAUCCAGCUAACGACUCAAUUACUGCUUCGAGUGUGGCACAAUCCUCCAAUAUUGCAGUUCAUCCUCAACACAACGAGGUUCUAACUACAAAUUCAUUGACCGUGACUUCCGGAAUCAAACUGAGAGAUCUUUGGACCGAAGACGGCCUUGAUUUGAAAAACAAAAAAGAUCUUACACAACCUAUCACGUACAGAAAAAGGACGACUCAAUGGAUCAUUGAAAAUGUCAAAGAUGACCAUAUCAUGCUUAUCCGUGGCCCGAGAUACAGCGGUAAAACUUCGAUGUGCGAGCUGUUGGAAAGACAUUUAGAGGAGAUAAUAACCGUGAACGAUCAAGCCGUCAGCAUCAGUAAUAUCUCCUUUAUGGUUAACUCUGAUAUCACUUACGAAGACUAUUGGAAAAUUCAGACGGGAAGAACAUACUGGGAAUGGCAAAGAUCAUUGCAAAAUGGUCAGGUUUAUAUCAUUAUGGACGAGACUCAGAUCACGUAUAGCGGUUCCAAGUUCGCGCAAUUCUGGAACUGGGUGCGAGGAGAGCAAAUGAACAAGGACACCAACUUACGUCUUAUUAUGUUCGCCGUAUAUCCAAUAGAUUCCGAACGGGGUGAUAUUGACAUGGAUCCUGCUCCUAUUACAGCGUCGCCAAUUGAUUUGCUCCACAAGUAUGGCGUACGUCUUUUGAUGUCUAGUGCUAAUGAACACAACGAACUUAUGGACGAUUUUUCCCGCAAGUUUGGGUGGAAAGAAGCAAUGACAGAAAACGUCAAAGAUGCUAUCGUGAAUCUGGUAUCUCUUCGUAGCGAGGAUAUGAACACUAAGAGCUGUCACCUGGGCUUGAUCCGUCGCAUCCUUCAUUAUAUUUACGAUUGUCAUGAUCCAUCCUAUAAUGUUCCCCCUCCGACCGAAGUUGUCAUUUUGAAAUACCUCGUUUCCUCAGAAUUAUUCGAACAUGUCAAGAGACAUCGCGGUGCCUCUCAUCUUUACCGUUUCAACAGGGAGGAAGAAAAAAUACUUCGAGAAGUUUUACAAAAAGACUUCAUUAAAACCAAUCCAUCCAGUGACAACCACGAAACUGUCGCCUCCUUGUGCAAAGCCGGCUAUUUACAUUUCAUUGAUAAAGGUCGGAUGCAAAAUUUCAUUGUAGAUUCAGGAAGAGUUGGAUUCUUAACCAACUAUACUUUUAUCAUGUGUUUCACAAAGUUGAGUCAAGGAAAGAAAAAUCCAAUCGUCAUCAAAGAUGAUCAAUUUGAAAAUUUUUUGGUGGAAUCAAUUAAGCGACUGGAUCCGGAUAUUGUGGAAAAUAGCCUUGGGAUUCUUAGUAGGCAAGACGGUUCAAGGUUGCUGGCAGAAAGAUCGUGGCAAAUGGAAUUUUAUCAGGCGGCAUACUCAUGCCUACCAGAGGAAUAUUUUAUCUCUCCGGAUGUUGGUGCUACCUUUGGAACCCCAGGUCGGCUGGACUUCUAUAUAAAUACGGGAUUAAAUUGGGCUGUAGAACUCGCAGCCGAAGGGGACGAUAUUCCUGGCCAUGUUGAGCGCUUUGAGCAGGAAAACAAAUACAAGAACAUUGACCAAUCCAGAAAUAUUGUAUUAGAUUUUCGUAUGGGAACGGAUAUCAGAAAAGUGGUUCCUGGUGCUUGGCAUCUCCUCUACGAUAAGCUUUCUCAUGCUUUCACUAUAAAGAGAUCAGAUGGAGAAGAUCAAAUUAUUGAGUUGUCGAAAUGCAAGUUUGGGUUUACAAUCGGAGAUGGGGAUGAAAUAGAGAAACUUAUCCAAGAUGCACAGACGAAAAAGGCGAAGGCGGAUAUUGAGCGUGCGGAGGCAGACAUUAUGGAGGCGAACGUUAGAAAGAGAAAGCUUAAGAUUGAAGAGGAAGAGCUUGACGUUAGAAAUAGAAAGCUUAAGAUUGAAACGUUGAAUGGGAAGAUAGAGUAUUGGACCAAGCAAGGAGCGAUGGAUAAAGUAGCCAAAUUUAGAAAUGAUCUUGAUGAACUGAUGGAUGAUUGA